AUGAAUGUCACUCGAAACAUUGUACCCGAGAUUCGCGACAUCAACCCCCCCCCCAAAGUGGUAUUUGGCCGCCUCCUAUACGACACAUUGGACGGAAUUUCUGAGAUAGAUGACAUGGGCCGGACUGUUCAGGAUAAGGAGCCCUUUGUGACCGUCCCUUUUGCGCCUGUUGAUCGGUCGAGGAUACUCGGUGCAAUAAGAUUGGACUGGGUUCGCAUGUGGAACUCGCGAUUCGCAAGUCUCAACCACGCGCCAAAUGCAAUCAAUCUAUUGAAGCGGGUCAAUGCUUUCUCUCAUCCAAAAGUUCCGGGCGAAACAGAUCCGCCUGAAUACUGUGGGCCGAGUUUGGAAACACAAAUCGACUUCAAUCAUUUUCACUCUAAGUCUAAAUAUGGUAUGAACUGCAACAGUUCAAUUGCGCACUGA